AAUUAAUAAAACCAUACCAGUUAAAAUGGGCACAUUUGUACAGAAAAGAUUGUUUAAAGUGCUGACUCUGCUUCUCAUUAUGACAACCAUUUUGUGAAAAAGCUCCUCCCGUAGUGGAGGUUAUAGAAGAACUUACUCAAGCUCAAGAACAUCAGGAACCAGCUCAACCGGAACAUGAACUGGAAGCACAAUGAAAUGUGUUAUUAUUCCUCUGUGAAUUUUUGCAGGUUUCAUUCUGAUAAUAUUGAUAAUUAUCGGAAUAUUUCAUGGAGCAAGAUACGCCAAAAAGAUGAAGAAGAAAUAUAGAGAGUUUAUACAAAAUAGAGAGAAAAAGAACCUAAAAGAGAAACAAUUGAAAGAGGCUUCACGGCUUGAAAAGUUGCAUCAGGAGAACAAAAAUAACCUUCACAAGAACCUAUAUCCUGAGAUACCCAAUUCAUAUCCAGAUUUUGGAUAUCAAGCGAGCACCAACAACAUAAUAAUGCCUGGCACCUCAGGAUAUCCAGACCCCCAACCACCUAACCCAUCAUACCCAAAUCCUGUUCCUGUAAUAUACAACCCCUCUCAGUACGGAGUGAGGUACGAUCAGACUGUACCUUCAGCUCCUCCUAAAAGGCCUACUAAGGAAGACUACGUCAAUCCGAACCCGUAUGCUUACCCUAGUGCCUUCUCCCCGGCAGGGCCUGAUGUGGUGACUAAUUCUUAAAGAGAGAAUAGGUGAGUGCCCUUAACUACUUUGAGAGGGAUUAUA